AUGCGUGUAUAUUUGUUGUUAACGCUGACCCUUGCUUGCGUUCUUUUCUCUGGCUCUAUCGCUUCAACGGUAAGUAUUUUUUUCAGUUAUUGUUGUGUACAGUGUCGUGCAUUCAUGUUAUAAGCGUGAAUGGUGGUGGAAAGGUCUGUAGUCAGUAUGUCGUAGUAUUCUAUAGUUAACUUAGUAUCCCCGAUUGCCGAGUACAAAAUAACACAUGUAUAUCUGUAUAUUUCCCAAUGCACGAGGCACUUUCUCAGAGGUAAAAAGCGGUAGGUCUGAAGAUUGUGCCACCACGCAAAAGCCCAUGACAUUAGAAAAUAAGUUAUCAUGUGUCAGAAAAGGGCGAUUUUGUUUGUGAUAAUUACGCAUAAAUAGGCUACUCGUGUAUAUUAAAGACAUGGGUAUUGGUCCAUUGUUAUUCGUAUGGUCCACUGUUAUUUAUAUGAAAUUAAGUAAUACAUUACAAACCAAUUUGGUUUGGUUUUGAAUUUACUAUGACUAAAUUUAAACACGUCCGAAUUUAUCAAUACAAUAAAUUCGAGAUGCAUGUUGAACCCUAACUCCGACUCUAACAUCUAACCCUAAUUUAGUCUUAAUAUGACCUUAAUCUAACCCUAAACUUGACCUUUUCUUUUUGAAAACAAGAUUCCUAGCUGGUUCUUGGACUACACCAAACUUUGUUACCAGUGGUACCCUGAUGGCGAUGGUGGUCAGUGUGGUGAUGGCGAAUCCAGACAUCUUUGCGCGAACGUCAACGCAGCCACCCAAUAUUACCGAGACGACACAGACAACAGAGGAGGCGGCUGUCGCAUGAGCUGGUCCAUUGAAUCGCCUUACAGCCCAGAGUGGUUCAAGAACGUGGAAAUAUGCUACCGAUGGUACGCGGAUGGUGACAGCGGUCAGUGCGGCGGUGGGGCGGAAAGCAUACUCUGUGCCCCGGUGGGUGAAUAUACGGCGGUCUACCGGGACGACACCGAUAACCGCGGCGGUGGGUGUGGAAUGUCCUGGCAGCUUAAACUACCAUCUGUGCAUAGUUCGUGGGCGAAGAAUAUCCAGUUGUGCUACGAAUGGUAUCCAGAUGGUGACGAUGGACAGUGUGGCGGUGGUGCUGAUCGCAAGCUUUGUGCCUUGGCCAACUUCUGGACUCCUUACUACAGAGAUGAUACCGACAACAGAGGAGGUGGAUGCCGCAUGAGAUGGGGUCUUUAUUACCAAUGAAUUGAAAUAAAAUUAGACUGACUUGUAUUACUAGUGUUUGGUCUUUCUAAGAUUUUCAUGAUGUUGCUGUAGUUCAGCUUGUGUAAUUCUGCUAUAAUUUUGCAC